AUGUCUCACCACGAAAACAAGACCCUGGUACGGUGGAAUCGCUCUACACUGUACUGUGGCUUACUGGUAGCUGCCACUGCCUUUACGUGUCCCGGAAUUUUCGGUGCCUUAAAUGGGCUCGGCGCAGGCGGCGGUGCGAGUCCUGAGAUUGCAAACGCAGCGAAUGCAAUUGUGUUCGGCUGUCUUGCAGUCGGGAGUUUAUUUGUUGGUGGGAUUGCUAACCGUAUCACUCCCAAAUAUGCACUUUUGAUUGGAACUCUUGGUUACACGCCGUAUGCAGCAGGAUUGUAUUGCAAUGAUCGUUUCGGCACCAAUUGGUUGCUGCUAUUUGGCUCGGUCGUCCUGGGAAUUUCAGCCUGCUUUUUGUGGGUAGCGUCUGGUGCCAUUCUUCUAGGAUACACGGAAGAGCACAAAAAGGGGAGAGCAAUGUCUAUAAAGUUUGCCUUCCAAAAUCUGGGUGCCUCGAUAGGCGGUAUAAUCGCCCUGGCUCUCAACGCUGACAAGAACUUCCGCGGCGGAGUCACAAAUGCUACAUAUAUUACACUUAUGACAAUAAUGUGCCUAGGGUUUCCCUUCGCAUUGCUUUUGCCCACAGCCAAUAACGUUCAGCGAACUGAUGGGCGAUCAGUUGUCCUAAAAAAGCAGCCCUCUUUCGCCGGCGAGUUCAAAGUUUUGAAGAGUAUCUUCUCAAAAUCCUGGGUCUGGGCCUUGAUUCCACUUAUAAUAUAUGCGCAGUGGUUCUUGUCAUUUCAGUGGCAAUUCAACUUUGCAUACUUCACCGUUCGCGCCAGGGCUUUAAAUUCCUUUCUAUUCUACGUCCUUGGCCUUAUAAGUGCAUUAGGCAUGGGCCGGUUGCUCGACAGCACUCGUUGGAAACGACAAACUCGAGCGAAGAUUGGAUUCUGUAUUGUCGUUCUCUUUACGGGGGCCAGCUGGAUAUUGGGCCAAUCUGUCCAAGUUCACUACGACAAAAUCAAGCCGACGAUUGAUUGGAAUGACAGUUCUUACGGUCUUGGAUCUUUUACAUUUUGCCUAUGGGGCUUCUCUGAUCCUCUGGUUACUACGUAUCUAUACUGGCUGGUAGGCAGCUUCUCAAACGACUUGAACGAGACAUCCUUUUUGGCUGCUAUCAUGAAUAGCUUGGGAUCAGUUGGAUCAACAUUCGGUUUCGUCGUCUCGGCGAUGAAUUUCAGUUACAAUGGUGCAUGUGCGAUCAAUUUGGUCUUGUUCUUCGUUUCUAUUCCAGGAUUAGCAUGGGUGGUAUUCACGCAAGUGAAAGAUACUACGCAUGGCACAAAUAUAUCCGGUGCUGCUCUAUUUUCGGGCUCCGAAUCUGAGGAUGGCCAUGCUCAGUCGAUAGAAAAGGAUUUCGUUGAGACAAAGCAGGGAGUACAGAGUUCAUCCGUCCCACUAUAA